AUGGUAGAGUUUGCCAUUAAGAACUCGGUGCAUGCGUCCACGACACAUACACCGUUUUACGUGAAUGGCUUGCGCCAUCCGCGUGUACCCAACUUACUCGCGUGUAACUCUGGUUUAAGGGGGGGAGAGACUCGCGCGAGCAAAAGCCAAUUUGGUUCACGCUCAUCACGCUCUGACGAAGAGGUCAUUGCGUUUGAUGCCGAUAUCGACCACAUUGAUAUCGAAGCAGAUGAUGCCAGUAAGAGUGCGGAAGCCCUCACUGAAGAAGAUGAUCCCAGUGAGAGUGCGGAAGCCCUCACUGAAGAAAAGAUUGAUGUUGCUGCAGUGCGCUCACAGCACACUGAAGCUAACGAGUCAUCAGAUGAGUUCAUACUGGCUCGUGAAACGGUAGUCCGUUUUGUGCAAGACUCCAUCGCCGAAGCGGUGGACAAGCAAAAGCAAAACGCUGACAAGAAUGGAAGGGCAAACACUCUUUUAUUUAAUAAAGGUGACUCAGUCCUACUGUCUACGGUUAAUCUACCAAAGCAUGUAGUGACUAACUUGGGUAGCAGUAAACUACUACCCAAGUACAUCGGCCCAUUUCGUGUAUUGCACCGCCUAGGCAAUGCAUACACGAUCGAGUUACCACGUAAGAUGCGAACGCAUCCCACGUUUUACGUUGGUCGGCUUAAGCCGUACCAUCAGUACGCUGCUUCUUACGAUGAAGAACGCCCUUGCGCUCAAGCAUCUCGCAGAGAGCCUUGUGCCCCCGAUGAUGGGCAUCGACAAGGGUCUGGAGAGCAUUUAUCUCACCCCGAGACCGAUCAACAAUCCCACGAGCUACCCUUAGCUCGUCACGAAGAGAUGUCAGAGCUCUUUCGUUCUCAAGCUGAACAAAGGCAAACUCAGCUCGAUGCUUCAAGACAGUGUCCGCCAUUUGGAGACGCCUGUCCCGCUCAUAGCUUCUUUCCUCAGCCUCCACCUCCAUUAGAGGACUCUCGCGGUGGCCAGCGCUAUCUAGUUGAGCAGCUGUUGAACCACCGCGACGUGAACGGACGUCGGACGAGUUAUCUCGUCCGGUGGCGCAGCUAUCCCCCGUCCUGGGAUUCUUGGGAGCCCCGCUCCCAACUUAUGGUUGACGUACUGGGUUUGGAAGAGCAGUACGACGCGGCACAUCCUGUGCCGCAGAAGGACCGCCGGAGAAAGUCUUCCCGGCACGGUCGUAAAGGGAUUUCAGGUUGUCAAUCCCUUCGUACAUCUCAGUAG